AUGCGUGUUCCCCAGUUCGCUGUGACGGUUGCCGUCCUUGGCUACUCCGGUGCCGCCGUGGCGUCGCGCAUCGUCUCCGACAUCCCCAGCAUUUACAGAUCUUGGGGAGAGCUCUCGGUGUACGUCGACAACGCCGAGGAUGCGUUUGGCGUGAGGUCUGUGGGCUUGCCGGACGGGUGCCAGGUGGAAUCUGUGAGCACGCUUCAGCGCCACGCCCAGCGCUUCCCCGACAGCGUGGACGGCAAGGUCACCGGCGGGUUCGCCCAGAAGGUGGCCAACCAUACCCGGGGCGACAGCCGUGGUGGUGGUGGUGGUGGUGGUGGUGGUGGUGGUGAUAGCUUCGGUGGCCCGCUCAAGUUCCUCAACACAUACACCUACAUCCUCAACGACACGGGUCUCUUGACGGGCGUCGGGGCAGCCACCGAGUUCUCAGCGGGCAUUUCGUUCUGGAACCGCUACGGAAGGACCCUCUACAACGCGUCCGCGGCGCAGCUACAGUACGGCCCCGUGUUCGCCAACAACGGCUCCGCGCGCCGCCCUCGCGUCACCCUCCGCACCACGGGCCAGUCGCGCAUCGAGAACAGCCAGAUCAACUGGGCGCUGGGCUUCUUCGGGCCGAGCUUCAAUGCCACGCCGGAUCCCGCGCUGACGCAAUGGGCCGCCCCGUUCGAGGUGGUCAUCAUCCCCGAGGGCGGGACCGAGAACAACACGCUCGCCUCGUACGACAGCUGCUUCAACGACAACUCGGAGGCGAACCUCGACAUUGCCGCCCGCCAUCAGGAUGCGUACAAGAAGAACUAUCUCCGUUCUGUCGUGCAGCGGCUCCAAGAGGACGCACCGGCCGGGUUUGAGUUUACGUACCAGGACGCGUAUGCCAUGCAGAUGAUGUGCGCGUAUGAGUACGCGUUCAUUGGCAUGUCCGACUUUUGUCACCUGUUCUCCGAGGAGGAGUGGGAGGGCUUCGAGAACGUAUUGGAUAUUCAAUACUACUAUCUGUAUAGCUACGGCAACCCGACCGGCAGGGCUCAGGGCAUCGGCUACCUCCAGGAGCUCAUGGCUCGCCUUACACACCAGUACAUCACGUCGUCCAACUCCUCCGUCAACUCGACUCUCGACGACAACGCCUCCACCUUUCCGCUCGGCCAGCAGAUCUACGCAGACUUCUCCCACGACGACAUUCUCAUCUCGGUCCUCACGGCAAUGUCCCUCGACUACCUCAAAGACGCACCUCCUCUGACGCAGUUCCCGCCUCGCCCUGACCGCCGCUUCAUCCUCUCCCAACUGACGCCCUUUGGCGCGAACCUCAUCACCGAGACCAUCGGCUGCUCCUCCCCCGACCCAGCCGCCGUCUGGGACCGUCGCGUCUCGUACUCUCCGACGCAGUACGGCUACGACGCCGCCAACGCAACGCACAAGUUCAUCCGCAUGCGCCUCAACAAUGGCAUUCUGCCGCUGCACACGAUUCGCGGCGGCUUGUGCGGCAACGCCACCAGCGGGCGAGUUGAUGGACUGUGUGAGCUGAGCGCGUUCCUCAAGAGUCAGGAGGAUGCGUACAAGCUCAGCAACUACAAUUACGCAUGCUUUGCCAACUACACGCUGGCGAACUCGACCAAGGCUAUUGACUAUGAUGGAACAAUCUUUGCCGACAAGUCAUAUAGCUAG